AUGACUCCUGUCUGGAUUGUCUCUUUCUCCCAGCAGGCAAUCCACACAGGGGAGAGACCCUAUAAGUGCUUGGACUGUGGGAAAAGUUUCAUACAGAGGUCAAACCUUGUUAAACAUCAAGCAAUCCACACAGGAGAGAGACCACAUAAGUGUUUGAACUGUGGGAAAAAAUUCAUACGGAGGUCACACCUUGUUAAACAUCAGGCAAUCCACACAGGAGAGAGACCCCACAAGUGCUUAGACUGUGGGAAAAGUUUCAUACAGAGGUCACAACUUAUUAAACAUAAAGCAAUCCACACAGGAGAGAGACCCCACAAGUGCUUGGACUGUGGGAAAAAUUUCAUAUGGAGGUCAGACCUUCUUAAACAUCAGGCAUUCCACACAGGAGAGAGACCCCACAAAUGCUUGGACUGUGGGAAAAGUUUCAUACAGAGGUCAGACCUUAUUAGACAUCAGGCAAUCCACACAGGAGAGAGACCCCACAAGUGCUUGGACUGUGGGAAAAGUUUCAUACAGAGGUCACACCUUAUUAAACAUCAAGCAAUCCACACAGGAGAGAGACCCCACAAGUGCUUGGACUGUGGGAAAAGUUUCAUACAGAGGUCAAACCUUGUUAAACAUCAAGCAAUCCACACAGGAGAGAGACCACAUAAGUGUUUGAACUGUGGAAAAAAAUUCAUACGGAGGUCAGACCUUAUUAGACAUCAGGCAAUCCACACAGGGGAGAGACCCCACAAGUGCUUAGUCUGUGGAAAAAAUUUCAUAUGGAGGUCAGACCUUCUUAAACAUCAGGCAUUCCACACAGGAGAGAGACCCCACAAAUGCUUGGACUGUGGGAAAAGUUUCAUACAGAGGUCAGACCUUAUUAGACAUCAGGCAAUCCACACAGGAGAGAGACCCCACAAGUGCUUGGACUGUGGGAAAAGUUUCAUACAGAGGUCACACCUUAUUAAACAUAAAGCAAUCCACACAGGAGAGAGACCCCACAAGUGCUUGGACUGUGGGAAAAGUUUCAUACAGAGGUCACACCUUAUUAAACAUCAAGCAAUCCACACAGGAGAGAGACCCCAUAAGUUCUUGGACUGUGGGAAAAGUUUCAUACAGAAGUCAGACCUUAUUAAAUGUGGGAGAAUCCACACAGGAGCUAAACUUCUGUGA